AUGAAGACUUUGGCAGACCAAGCCGAGGCUACUGUUAAAGCCAAAGAUGAUGCCGAGGAGAAGGCAGAUUCUGCGGAGGCCAUUAAGAAGGUUCUUGAGGCCGAAAAGAAAGUGGCCGAGGAAAAGAUGGCCCAGGCCCAGAAAGAAUUACAAGACGCCUUGGCCAUGAAAGAGGCUGAAAUAAAAGCCACAGAUGAAAAGGCAUACUCUGAGGGGGUGGGCGAUGUCAUGGCCGACUAUGAAAAACAGGUUAAGCAGGCAUGCAACAAGGGUUUUACCCUUGGUUGGAUGGCUCUUCUGAAAAAACUUGAAAUUCCCGAGGACUUCCCCCUCAGGAACACCGACGUCCUUCCCCUGCCAUUCUCUCCAACUCCGAGCCAAUCCGACGACGAUUCUGAGUCUGAGGAGGAGGCUUUGGUGAGGAAGUCAAAGGAGGCCAUUGAGACCAAGUCCCCUACUCAGAAUGAGCAAGUUGAUAAUCUAAACUUUGGCAAAGAUGGAGUGAAUGAACGAUUAGAGAAGAAGAGUGAGGAGAGAGAUGAGUGGGUUGUUGAGUCUUUUUGGGUUUUUUUGCAGAGAGAGAGGACGGAGGGGGACCGGAUCGAAGCCUCAAUGUUGAAGGAGAAAGAGACAGCGAGGAGCAGGCAGGCGGCGAUGGUGAUCUUAAACAUUUUCCUUAUUGUUCAUCUAUAUUUCUUUAGCACUUAA